GAGGAAGAUGAGGAAAUGGCUCUUAUUCGUGGCUUAAUCACCCGUAUCGAGGCGCUAGAGAAGGCGAAGGCUGCUCCUUCUGACCCGGGGGCCGGGCCUUCUGGCGGGGGUGGGGUUCCGCCUCCCAAGGUUCCCCGGCGGACCAGGGGGUCUGCCAGGAGUCAGCUACUAACGUCUAUUUCUAGCAGGUUGGAGGCGCUGGAGAGAGGAUUGAACCCAUCAGGCCUGGCCCCCCCCGGGGGGCCGGAAGCGCCUUCUGCUCCUGAGGGACCAGCCCCGGCUCCGCCUGUUCCUGUGCUGCCAUCUCCCGUGGACCCGGCUCCUGAUGUUCCUGCGUCAUCGCUGCCUGUGCCUGCCGCUUCGGUUGGACAUCCGCCUGCAGAUCCGGCUAUGCCGUUGGUUCCGGGUGUUGGGGGAUCGGUGGCUCCAGUACGGAUCCUGUUGUGCGGCCACUCGCUGGUCUUUUGGGCCUUCAAGCGGGCUAGCACGUCUCGUUGGGGAUCCCAGCUUGGGUUUGGAAGACGGGCUGCUGUGUACUGGUUGGGCAUGCGUGGGAUGCUCUGGAACCAGCUACUGCCCGCACUUAGGGAGCACUUAGAUAGUUUUUCCCCGCCCGACAUCUUGGUUUUGCAUUUAGGGGAAAAUGACCUAGGCAAGCGGACUGGCCUGUCUAUUGUUCAGCAGGCCUCCUCUGAUUUGUCCUUAUUGCAGGAAUGGAUGCCCGGGGUGCUUAUUCUCUGGGUUAAUUGGCUGCAGUGUAGGGUGUGGCGGAAUGCCCGUUCGGGGCUUUGUCUAGAAAAGGCUAGGCGCAAAGCUUCAGCCGCAAUUGGGAAACUUGUGAUAGCUGCCGGUGGUGCUGUAAUACACCACCCUAAUGUGGUGGCUCGUCUUCCCGAGUUAUAUCGUGCCGAUGGGGUUCACCUUUCGGAGCUUGGUUGUGAUCUAUAUUUAGGUAACAUACAGAGGAGGCUUGCUGAAUUUUUGGGCAGUGGUGGGGCAGGGAGGUCAAGCGUGGGCUAA